AUGGAUGCCCUGAGACACGAGCUGCGAGCAGCGUAUGCCAGCCUAGACACCACGGUUACCCAAUACCUUGUGUCUGAGGGGUUUGGUGAUGCAACUGUCAAUCAUUUCAGCCAGUGCUUUUCUGCAAACGUCGGGACCGGCAAGCUGCAUCGCGGACUGGCAACUCUCUACAUCGGCAAGCAGCUUGCCAAAAAUGAAGUGAGCGAGGAACAAUCGAAGCAGCUCUCCGUCCUCGCAUGGCUGGUAGAGAUGCUGGGCGCGCACUACCUGAUCCUCGACGACAUAAUGGACGACUCGACAACCCGGCGCGGCGAGCCCUGCUGGUAUCGGCAGCCGCAGAUCGGCUUGAUGGCCAUCAACGACGCGUGCAUACUCAAGUCCACCAUCUUCUUCCUCCUCAAGACCUUCUUCCGCCAGCACCCGGCGUACACCAACAUGGUCGACCUCUUCGUCGACAACGGCCUCCACACCGAGCUGGGUCAGCUGUGCGAUCUCGCUGCCGCCAGGGAGCCCGACAUUGCAAACUUCACCAUGGAGCAGUACUGGGCCAUUGUCAAGGACAAGUCGUCGUACAGCAUUUCCGGCCCCGUCACGUUGGCCCUGGAGUACUGGCAGCUCGCCACGCCCAAGAAUCUGCGGCAGACGCGCGACUUUUCCGUGGCGCUGGGCGAGUAUUUCCAGGUAAACGACGACUACGUCGACGUGUUUGGGGACUAUGCCGUCACGGGCAAACACGGGACGGAUAUCCAGGACAACAAGUGUACUUGGUUCAUCAUUGAGGCCUUGUCGCGGGCAAACGACGCGCAGCGACGGCGUCUGCUGGAGGGGUACGGGAAGAAGGACGCGUCUCGGGUUGACGAGGUGAAGCAGGUAUUUGCCGAGCUGGGGCUGCAGCAGGCGUUUAGGGCCUAUGAGGAGCAGCAAAGAGCCAAGAUAGAGGGCAUUAUCGCGGCCGUGGACGAGAGCGAAGGGCUGAAGCGUGAUGUAUUUCGCGCCUUGUUUGAUGGGUUCAGAAAGGGCCGGCAAUUUUGA